CCUAGUUGUACACUUUUAAAAACUUUGAAGAGAUAGUGGUUCAUGUUCCUGCCUGGAGUAGGCUACAUUGGUCAAGAUAUGUGUUCAGCUGAAUGUUCUUUUGGGUUGUAGAAAGUUUGAGACGUCGGUAGCUGAAUGCGAGCUUCAAAACCUUGCAGUGCAGUUGAAUGCCUACACUGAAAGGAUUUGUAAGGACACACACUCUACAAAGAAAACAAAUCGACUGGACCUAAGUUACAGAAUUAGAGAAAGCUAUUUCCAUCUUUCAUUUGGCAGACGGGACUCAUUGUCCUUGAGAGGGGACCUCUGUAACCCCCCAGCGCCCCUCCUCUCCCUCCUUCACUCCACCCGUCUUCUCGUCCCCAGCUGUCACCACACCCUCACUCCUCCUUCUCCUCCUCCUCCUCCUCCUCCUCCUUUUCUCUCGGACCCCCUUUUCCCCAAAAAACUCUGAGAAUCAGCCCCGCACAGCCCCACACUCUAUCUAACACCACCUCCCAUCCCCCAUCCAUCCCGUUACCUCCAGAGCGAGCCGCAGUAGCCAUCAUGGCGGCACGUCCAGUUCGGCCCAACGGCCAGUCCGCGGCCAACAAGGUGUGCCAGUUCAAGCUGGUGCUGCUGGGAGAGUCAGCCGUGGGCAAGUCCAGCCUGGUCCUGCGCUUCGUCAAGGGCCAGUUCCAGGAGUUUCAGGAGAGCACCAUUGGCGCUGCUUUCCUGACCCAGACGGUGUGUCUGGACGACACCACAGUGAAGUUUGAGAUCUGGGACACAGCGGGCCAGGAGAGAUACCAUAGCCUGGCGCCCAUGUACUACAGAGGUGCACAGGCUGCCAUCGUGGUCUACGACAUGACCAACACGGACACAUUUGGCCGGGCAAAGACCUGGGUGAGCGAGCUGCAGAGACAGGCAAGUCCCAACAUUGUCAUUGCCCUGGCUGGAAACAAAGCUGACCUGUCAGCCAACAGAACGGUGGAGUAUGAGGAGGCUCAGGCCUAUGCAGAUGACAACAGCCUGCUGUUCAUGGAGACUUCAGCCAAGACUGCGAUGAACGUCAACGACCUCUUCAUGGCCAUAGCUAAGAAGCUGCCAAAGAGUGAACCCCAGGCUGGUCCAGGAGGCACAGCGCCGGGUCGACCAGGACGGGGAGUGGACCUACACCAGCCCGCCCAGCCCAGCAGCAGCUCCAAGUGCUGUGGGAACUAGCAAAGGAACGGGGGGAACGGAGGAGAGAAAGGGGGGGAGGGAAGGAGGGAGAGACAGAGGAAACAGGUAGGGUGGGGAGGAGAAGAGAGGAAAUGGGAGAGCACAGGAGAGCAUGACAGCUCAAUGUUAAAGGGAUGCAGACAAUGAGGUGGAGGUGAUAAGAGAAGAGGAAGAAGGCUGAAGAGGUUUUGAUGCCAGGGUGACGAACAAAGAAGCAAACAAUCAGAGUUAUUGUGGGACAUUUUUUCAUCGUUGAUUAACGCUUAUAAAAGAUCCGCCAUCCUUUGGCAACUCUUGCAUCUCUUGUCGCCUAAUAGCAUCUUACUAUUGCUUUGUGGCCAACUACCUCUGUCUCUGACCGUUGGCUUAUUAUAGUUGCUGAGGACUAGGAACUUAACAGAAACCGUUUCUGAAAAAAAUGUUCAUGAAUGUUCACACCUACAUAUGUUUGCUCGGAUGUGUACAUUGAGCUAAGACGAAUAACUUAUUGACCAUUCAUACAUUCGAUUAGAAUGAAGCACCCUAUCAGCAAAACUUGGUGUGACGACGUUAAAUGGGUUGAGUAACCUUUCAGUUUUAUAGCCUUUUAAAUAAGCCCUCCAGGAUCUUGUGAGGGUCUGUUGGCCUUGCUGUUGUUACAGGAAAUGUUUGAAAUUAUUCUUGAUAAUGCAGACAUGACUACAAUCAUAAGUGCUUUCUGAUUGUGCUGUGGUUAAAAGAAAAGAAAAAGACACAUUUCCAUGGAAGGGAGUUCCUUAAACUUGUGUGAAUUUGAAACUCAUCAUGAGGUAGCAAAAUCCUGGAAGGCCUCCCUCUGACUCAUCAGUUCAGUUUAACCAUAGUCAAAGUGAAAACAUUUACAUGUUCACGUCCUGACCUGACAUGACCCAUGAUAUCACAUUCAGGAAUGGCAGUAGUGACUAGUGACUGUAAAGCGUGCAUUCCAAUAUGCAGACUUGCGUCUUCCACUUUUGAUUGUGGCCUCGCACCAGGGAGUAACUAUGUUGUGAUGACAUGACUUACAACAGCAUUGUAUUCUAAUAUCUCGCAAAAGCUCAAUUGUAAAAUAAUUUUCUCAUUUCCAAACUGAAUGGUGAAUGAAAAACAGUCCCCCAAAAGUUGUUGUGGCCAGGUGGGACCAGGAGGUGGGGCAAGGCUACAAGCACAAGUGGAGGUCGGGAGUCUGCAUAUUGGGAUGUACACAAAGAGAAAGAUGCAGUAUCUCCGCAGGUAUCAAUCAGAUUUGAACACAUGGACAUCUCUGUUAGGCCAUGAUGACGGCAUCAUAACAUUGGACUUUCAGUUCAAACAAUUGAAAUGUAGGAUGAAUAUUGUAAAGAUGGCAAUGCCUCUGUAUUUUUGUUUGUUUGUUUUGACCUGACGAGAUUAUGCCUUAGAACGAAUCUUUAUGUUUGUAAGUUAAACAUGCUUUCAGGUUAUUAUGGUUAUUUACCUUCUCUUGGUCACAGGAUGUUUUUCUUUUUCUUUUAGUAUCUCUACCUUGCACAGAAACCCUUAACACUUGUCAUUUAUUCAAGAGCAGUUCUGAAACAGGCCCAUUUUUGGGAUCAUUAUCUUGCUUUUGGAUCAGCACUCCUUGGAAACACUUCCAAACAAAAUGGCCAGAUGUCUGAAGUGCAGCCCAGAUUCACAGACUUCUUAAAGUGCAGCGAUCACUUCAUUAGGCAGGGCGGGGGGGUUACGGGACUGCAAGGGGGGAAAGCGAGAAUUUAAUGAGCCGUGCAACAGAAACAGGAUGGCUAAAAGCAGGGCUGGGCUGGGGGAGAAAUAGGGCCCGGACACUUUUGGCUUAAAGCCUCCCCCGCCCCUCCCUCAUAAUUAGCAGUGCAAAACUGACUCAUUGGUGGUUUCUGAAAAUAGGGGCCCACGGAGGUGCGGGCCGGUAUGCCAGAUUGCCAGUCCAGCCCUGGCUAAAAGGAUGGGAAGCAACAGAAGCAUACACAGAAGACACUUAAAGGUCCUUAAAUGGCCAUUUUACCCCCCUCCAUUCCCCUACCCUACCCUACCCUCCCGACCCGGCCACCCCCUCCCCAAAAUAUAUGCUGUAUAGCUGAAGCGAAUCCAAAGACAGCCGGUUGCCAGGCUCGUUUUGCUUGAGGGAGAGGAGAGUCUUCUGCUUGACUUGACAUGGCUGAGGAGAGGAGGGGGAGGGGGAGGUUUAAGGGUGUAAUGGUGGUGCCAAGAGGAUAGGCCCAGGGUGGCUGAGAGGACUUUGGUGAGAAGGAGAAGGGGAGAGGGAGGUGGAAGUCGGAGAAGGGGAGAGGACUUUGGUGAGAAGAAGGGGAGAGGUGUUGGUGACUUGGUGUCAAGAGGAAAGGCCCUGGGUGGCUGAGGGGACAGGGCAGGAUAUCAUCGAGCCUGGGGGGCACCACCAACACCGUUAAAGGGAUUAGUGAUAGCUCCGCGCCUCAUAGCUCUGACUGCACAGUCCCACGUUGAUCCAUCAACCGAGAGAGUUGGUGGUGGUAAUGGGUGGGCAUUGAGACUAACCUCGGCUUAAGCCCCAUUAUUUCACGCCUGAUUCGAUUAACCAAGCCCCUUUAUAUCCGGUCAUGUAGGAUUUAGUUUGCUACUAAACACUGCAGAGGAAGAGUAGAUCUGCUGGAGUGUCUCUGGGUACAGGUGAACUGUAUGUCAGCCAUCACUGUUAUGUUGACACACCAAACCAACCAUGGGUCUUUUAUGCCUCUUUUCCACUGGCAGUUUUCUGGUAGGCCUACAGCUCGGCACAGCGCGACUCCGCCAACAUUUUUUGCUCGAUUCAGCUAUGUCGUGUCAAAUUCAAAAGUGGCGGCCAAGUUGCGCUGUGUCAAGCUGUAGGCCUAUCAGAAAACUGCCAGUGGAAAAGAGGCAUUAGCGGACUGUGUUUUAUUCAGCUUGUCAGCAUGGACUCUAUUAUAACGGUCCAGAGUGUUACAGUAUUAGGCAGCGUGGUGGGAAUAUGAAUGAUUAAGAGCAACACAGUGUUGGAUGUUGUCCCUCUGUUAUCACAUGCAUAUAACACAUUCAUUCUGUAGCAUUGAAGAUCUCAGAAGCUUGGCAUUAAAGCCUAUCAAUGCAUGUUUGCACAAAAAAAAUAUGGUUUCCAUAUGUCUUAAGUAAUUGGCUAGAUUGCAAUACCAUUCCUGUGAUUUUGUUUCUUUUCUAGUUAGUUUAUUGCCUUAUUUUUUAAAAAAAAAAUCUCUUUCCUACUCCUUUGGAACAUUUUAUGUAUGCAUAUAGCUGCAUAUUAAACAUUGACUAUUUAGGCAACAAUAUUGGCCUAUUUCAAUGUUACAUUAUUGUAAUGCAUAUGUACAUAUGUGAUCCUGAGUUAAGAAAUAAUGAACUAGCUUUUUCCAAUAUCAUGUAAAACAGUAUAGCUUGUCUUGUCUAGAAAUCAUUGAAUCUUUUAUGAUUCAAAUGGAGACACUUCUUCCAGGCUGCAAGGAUAUGGACAAUUAAACUUUGUGAAUAUGCUUGCAAGGUGUAUUUAAAUGUAAUUAAGCACAGAUUUAUUUUAAACAAAUCAUACAGUCUUUUAUGUUUAUAAAUAAAUUGCCUUUCUUAUUA